CACAGACUUGCGUCGGCCAUGAGCUGGACGGAUGCCUGGAAGGACGGGCUUCCGCCUGCCACGCUUCGCAAGAUCGAGGCCGUGGAGCAGCAGUCCGACAGGCUGCAAAAGGAGUGCCAACAGAAGCAGACACAGAUAGACUACCUUCAACAGCAGUUGUCCAAGGAAAAACUCAAGAAUGACGAGGCAAAGGGAGCCAGCAUGCGUGACAUGCGCAGCUUGGAGAGCGAGCUGGCCGAGCUUCGGAGCAAGUAUGACAAGCUGCAGCAGGAACUCGCGACCAAGGAGAGCCAGUUCCGACGCCUUGAGAACCAGUCCAAGUCGGCCAGCAGCCAGUCGCAGUCGGAGGGCUCCUUCCUCUCGACCCCCAAUGGACGUAGCAGGCUUCAGAGGUUUGGGUAUGGUGACAUGCCGGCCACUCCUGACAACAGGGAGCUUCGAAGCAGGAUUGCUGAACUCGAAGCCAAGCUCAAAGCUGCAGAGAAGCAAGAGGUCGUCGGCCAGCCUGGUCCCAUGCCUGGCACCCCUUUGAGGGCACAGUCGUUGGACCGCAGCAACCACGAGGCAGACAGGCUGAGGAAUGAAAACAUACAGCUGCGCGGCAAGGUGCAAGAGCUUGAGCAACGUGCCCGGCAGAUCACCCAGCAAAUGGAAUGCCAGGUGCACAACGGUGAAGCCGCCCGUAAAACUCUGGAACAACGGAGCCGCGAGAAGGAGGCUUCGCUCAAGGAGGAGCUGCGACUCCUGGGACAAGAGAACGGUCGUCUGCUCAAGGAGCUCCAUGACACUCAGACCCGUCUUCAGCAGGAGCUCACGGCGGCGACAAAGUCCCUCGAUGCCACCAAGGCCCAGUUGGAACGCAGCGAGGCCAAGCUCUCCACCCAGGAGGGUCUCGUAGCGGACUUGCGGAAACAGGUGUCGAGGCUGGAACAAGAGGGGCGUCAGUCGUCAACCCAGCUGGCCGAUGUGAACCGAGCUCUCAAGAACCAGGAACAGGCUGCCAAGGCCGCUGAAGCAAAGAACGCAAACCUGGAAGUUAAAGUUCGCGAGCUGGAGACUGCCGUGGAGAGUGCAAAUCGAGAAUCUCGUCGUCUCGAGGCGCAGCUGCACAAAUCCGCACAAGACCUGGAACAACAAUCACAGGAGUUAGCACAAUUGCAGAGCCAGUUGGCUAACACCAAGAACCAACUUCUUGCCACGGAGAAUCACAAGCAAAGCCUGGAAAAAGAACUGUCUCAAUGCCGUUCCGAGCUACAACGAGAGGCUGCUCGGUGCCAGAACCUCGAGGCUCAGCUGGACGAGGCAAAGCAAAAGAUCGAAGAGCUUCGGCAGUCUGUUCAGCAGAGUAAUGGCAACGCGGAGCGGCUGCGAGCGGAGCUCGACAAGUCGCAAAGGUCUGCUGCGGACAGUGGCGCGAGACUUCACAAGCUUGAAUCGAAGCUGGAAGACUGCGAACGCCGCGAAAAGGAAGCGUCUCAGAAAGCGUCGACUCUGGAACUAGAGGUUCAGGACCUGCGCAAGGUUGCCGAAGAGAGCCGCACCCUCGCCAAAGCACUCCGCGAGAAGGAACAGGAGGUGUCCGUGCUCGGCAAAUCGAAGCAGGCCCUUGACGACACCGUCAAACAACUUUCGAACGAAGUCAAGCAACUGUCGUCGGAGGUGUCAAACGAAAAAGCACGGGCUGCGAGCCUCGAAAAGGAAAUUGCGGACGGCAGGGACCUCGUUGCCAGUGUGGAAAAGCUACGGAAGGACCUAGAGGAUGCUACGAACCUCAGCGGUGAGAUCAAGGCUGCUUUGGAAGAGAGUGAAAAACAGAAAGAGGUUCUUCAGACCGAAUUAGCAUGUCGGACGGCAGAAUGUGAAAAGGUACCUUGUCUCGAGAGUGCGCUCGAGGAAUCCAAGGUGCAACUAGCCAAGAGCGAAACGACAUUGCGAGAACUCGAGAGCCUGCUGUCUGAAAGGGAAACUGAGAAGAUGACUCUGCUCAAGAGCCUCUCCGAAAAGGAAUCGGCCUUGAAAGAAUUUGAAAGUCAGGCCGAAACGCUGCAGAAGAACGCGCAGCAAGUGGAAGUCGAGCUCGGGUUGGUCAGGGACCGACUGCUCAAUAGCGACAGGGCAUUGAUGGAGCACGAGUCAGCCCUCAAGGAAAGAGAGGUUCUGCUCGAGGGAAUGAAGAAGGAGUUAAACGAUACUGUGCAGAAAGUGCAGAACCUCGAGCAAGCGGAGGCGGAUCAGCGACGGCUCGCGGAAGAGAAAGAAGCGGAGAUAAUGGCUCUGAAGCAGGACAUCUCCGCUGAGAAAGAACUCUCCAAGCUGCUGGAGCAGACUAGCCUGAGCCUCAACGAAGUCGAGUCCUCCAAGAACGCUCUGGAGUCCGAGCUCGCUGCGGCGGUUGACAAGCACGCCGCUCUGCAACUGGAGUACCAACGAUGCCUUCAGCUCGUCGAGUCUAAGGACGGCGAAGUGCUCUCCCUAACUGCUCUCGUUAAGGAGAGAGAAGAGACAGUGGAAGAACUGAUGAAGCAAAUUGCGAAUGCCGAACGGGGGCAGGAGGCUUUGCUCGCCAAGACAGGCGAGGAGAAGCGAGCUCUUGAGGAGGAGCUAUCGGCGAAGACUGAAGAGAUAAACAAGCUGAAGGAGGAGAUGUGCCAGCAGGCCGAACUGCACAACGCCGCGGCCGACAGGCUGGAAGCGGUGAAUACAAAGCUUGCAGAGCAGGAGGCGCAGUGCUCGGCGUUGCUCGAGGAGAAAAAGUUGUGGAUGUUUACGCAGGUGGCACUGGAGGAAGAACUCAAUUCGAGCAAGAGGAAGAUCGAGGAACUGCAGGAGAUGCAAACAAUUCUUGGCAGCCAGCUUGCAGCCAAGAGCACACAGGUCGACGCGCUCCAGGAGGAAGUCGAUAAGCUGCUGACGCACGAAGUGGCUCGCAUUCAGGGGGAGCUUUGCCAGAAGAUGGAGGAGAUCGAGGAGCUGAAGAAGACGAUUGCGGACCUCUGCGAGAAAGAGCAGGAGCUGGAAACGCUGCGGGGACAGCUGGUAGGGGCUUCGAGGCAGUGCUCUGAGUUCGAGCAGCAGUGCGAGGCUCUGAGGAACAAGUGCGAGGAGUCAGUGGCGAGGGAGCAAGAGCUUCUUGCCCAGCUGAAGGUCCUGUCAUGCCAGAGAGACGAAGAAGCUGC